AUGACAGAAGCAGAGGGUGGUGAUGUCUUUGGUGUUCUUUUUGAUUUAUGUCUAAAGACAUUCUUACAAAGACAUACAACUCUUACUUAUGAUGAGGACUGCAGCAGCAGCAGCAGCAGCAGCAGCAGCAGCAGCAGCAGCAGCAACAGGUUUCAGCUGCCACACGAUCUACUGCAGCAGCUACAAGACGAGACUGGCGUCUCUCUUGACUCUGUAGCCGUUUCAAACUCCAGCAGCAGCAGCAGCAACAGCAGCAGCAGCAGCAGCAACAGCAGCAGCAACAACAAUGAGGACUUAAAUGAUUCCUGGUGUCUAGAUCUAUAUAAUGGUUUGCUGCUGCUGCACAAGGUGUACAGACACCUCAGACUUAUUUCUCCUAAUGAACCUGCAGAUGAUAUUUCUACAUCUGUACUCAGGUAUUUAUUAUUGCCAUAUUGUUUGGGUGUGAUGACAUUGGAGAGACCUGGACAAAUACAAGAGAGACCAACAAACCUCCGUGAGGCACAGGAGGUCCCAAUGUUGAUGAGACACAUGGCGAACGAGCAGCAGGCCCAAUCUCGUGGCUCUGCAGCGAAGCCUAGUGAGCCUCGUGUGGAUCCACCGCGUCCUUGGGCUGCAACUUUUGCGAAGGAGGUGGAAGAAUUAGAGGCGAGGGCGUGGGAUGACUGGAAGGUGUGUGUUGCUGCUGCUGCAGUAUAG